AGGAGCUAUUUUUAAUCCAUUCAGCCCCGAAAGGCAGGUGCUUUGGAAAAACGCCCACGCACACAGCCGACAUAACGCUUGGUCAGCUAAGUGAGGCCACGUAAAUGCACAUCAACAAGUCACUCAUCGGGCCCUCAUCAGCACAGGUGUCUUCGAGGCACUGCUGCGAGGAUGGAGAGAUGAGGCAGAGAAGAUGGAGGACAAGGGGAGGGAGGAGGUGUGUGACACACACAUCAGGGUUGCCGUUAAUAGCACAGACAGGACCAGAAUAGCUGGGCGUCGCAGGAGGAAAGCGAGUCUCCAUCUCCCUAACUGAAACUCGAGUCGGCCAGCGCAAAAUCCCCCAAAAAAUAACAAGCGUGACAAACAAACAAGUGACUUGUGCAGUUUGUUCACUUGAGCAGCAAUAACCUUUAUUAGUUGAGGGGAGAAAUGUUGCAGCACGUAGUCAUGCCUGCGGACAGAAAGCAAGUCUGCCUGUUAGAACAAGCGGCUACAUAACCAAACAGGUACCUGGACACACACACACACACACACACACCUGUCUUUGUCCUUGAGACAGCACGGACCAGACAUCUGACGGAGUUCAGCCUGUCUUUGGGGGUCUAGCCCAUUUGGGACCUCCUUCAUCAUCAUCACCCCUCCUCCCCCUCCCCCUCAUCCUCCUCCUCUUCCUCUCUCCCGCCGCUGCUGCCCGCACAGCCGCAGUCCACGGCGAUGCGCCGUUAACGGCAGAGCCGCUCCGCGCUUUUUUCUCCUUCUCCUUUUUCUGCCAUCAUUCCCGCUUUCAGACAGAGAGGAGCAGCAUCCACCUCCCCGGGCUGCGUCUCUGUCCGCCGGCGCCGCACCAUCUCCAAUAACAUGGAAAUACAAGGCUGUCGUUCUUCCAUCUAGACGGGAAGUCUCACCUCACAGUGUCAAGACGGGGGGAACAAUGAGUGAAGAGCCAGCGGUCACCCCCAGCUGGCUGACCCCUGACCCCACAGCAUGGGCCAGCGGAGGCGGGGGACCGGUGGACAACAGCACCAGCCUGGGGACGUUUCCACCAGACUCCCUCCCGCCCAGCCAGCUGCCCCUGCUUGUCAACCCCUGGGACAUUGUGCUGUGCUCAUCGGGGACUUUGAUAGCCUGUGAGAACGCCCUGGUGGUGCUGGUGAUCUGGCAGAACCCGGCACUCAGAGCCCCCAUGUUCCUGCUGAUUGGAAGCCUGGCGCUGGCCGACCUACUGGCCGGCCUGGGCCUGGUGCUUCACUUCACCUGUGCCUACUUGCUUCGUUCUGAUGCGGCGCAGCUGCUGACCGUUGGCCUGGUCGUGGCCUCCUUUUCCGCCUCCGUCUUCAGCCUGCUGGCCAUUACUAUUGACCGCUACCUGUCGCUGUACUAUGCUCUCACCUACAACUCGGAACGGACAGCGGCCUUCACCUACACUAUGCUCGUGCUGCUGUGGGGCCUCUCCUUGUGUCUGGGCCUGCUGCCGGUCACGGGGGUCAACUGCCUGGCAGAAGAGGCCACAUGCAGUGUGGUGCGGCCGCUCACAAAGAACAACAUCGCCGUGCUGUCCGUCUCCUUCCUGCUGCUCUUCGGCCUCAUGCUGCAACUCUACGUCCAGAUCUGCAAGAUUGUGAUGCGCCACGCUCACCAGAUCGCCCUCCAGCACCACUUCCUGGCUGCUACACCCCACUACGUCACGACACGGAAGGGCGUGUCCACGCUGGCCAUCAUCCUGGGUACCUUUGCCGCCUGCUGGAUGCCAUUCACUGUCUACUCUCUGAUCGCUGACUACACCUACCCUCCGCUGUACACUUACGCCACGCUGGUGCCUGCCACCUACAACUCUGUCAUCAACCCGGUCAUCUACGCCUUCAGGAACCAGGAGAUCCAGAAGGCGCUGUGGCUGGUGUGCUGUGGCUGCGUGCCGGCCAGCGUGGCUCAGCGUGCACGGACCCCUAGCGAUGUCUGACCAAGCAGACCCAGGUGGGCAGAGAGAGGCAGCCUGGGCAGCUCUGCUCCUCACUGGAUCUGUCUGGUGUCAAAGAGAGCAGCGGCAGCGGAGGCCAGGGGAGAUGGCAGAGGGCUGUGGCUUCACUUCCAGCUGGAUGCGUUACUGGCAGAGGCAGUUUGGUUGGUUAUCCACAGCCCACCUGGAUGGAUGACAUUUUUUUUCUUUGUUACACUCACCAUAGGGCGAGGUGUCUUACUGUCUUCCCUAGGAAAGGCGGCCACUGCGUGGACUGCAUCCCGCCCCCCUCCCGUUCAUCCUGUGCCACGCCCUUCCUCUGUUCUGCACAAAGCCCCGAGUGCAUCACGUGUUACAGGCAGCCGCUGUCUAUAUAAUAUGCAUAUAGUUAACAGCACUGGAGCUUUGGUUGACACGUGCUUGUCUUUCUUCUAGAUGGGAUUAUUAGUUUGCGCCCCUGUGCGUGCGUAAAAGCGCGCGGCAGAUUAACAAAGCAGUGUGUGCGGUGAGGAGAGGAGAGGAGAGAGAGCGGCCGCGGAUGAUUGCGCAGGCAUUUCCACAUAAAGCCCGUCUGGAGCAGCAUCCCGGCGCUCUCCUGCUGCACUCUGAACGUGCGUCGAAAGCUAAACAGCCGCGGAGAGCUAAAAAUAGAUCCGGCGCUCUCUGAUCCGCGCCCUGCGUCCUCCACGCCGAGAAAGAAAUCAAAUCGUUUCUUCUUCUCCUCGCCUCUUCGGUUUUCUCUUGUCUUCUUUUGUCUCUGGAUUGUGCGUGAAUGUGUUUCAGUUCAGCUCGCGUCUGGGAGGCUCAAAACUAAGCCCCAGGAGACACCGCCGUUCACCCUCCUCCAUAUUUUAUGAUUAAGGCAGGCACCAAACCGAAUACAGGACAUAAACCUAUCGAAUUAUGUAACCACCUUACAUCCCUCCUCUCUCAAUUUUUAAAUGGAGAUUGCUUAAGACUUUUUGAAUGUCUCCAGAUUAUUAGAUAAUUUUAAAUUAUAGUUUAUUCUAGAAAACCCUACAAAUUUUAUCGAUGGUAAUUCUUAAAGUAUAUUAUCCAUAAAUGAAUCCUAUAUGAGAUUGAAUUAACUUGCUUAUAAUCAAAACACUGCACCCUAACAGUGAAAUUAAGGAAGUGAUUUUUGUCUGGAGAUCUGCAAAAUCUGCACGUAUUUCCGCUGGUUUGAUAUUUUUUGGCUCCUAAAGAGCCUCUCACCAGUCACAUAAUAUCUGACCUGCAUGCUAGACUUCAGUGUAAUUUGCAUGCACAGAUUGAGUUCAGUGUUGAAGGUCCCAUCGGCCACUGCAGGCGAUGUGCCAUAGUCCCCUGACAUCAUCGUGACCUUAAUAAUUUUGUUUUGUACAACUUACCACAGUGCACCUCACAUUUACCGC